UCGUUCAUUCGUAUUAAGAAAAUGUUUUAGAUAACAGAAACUGUAAGCGAUUUGAUAAACGUUCAUUGAUUGUCUGUUCAAGCUCAGGGAGAACACUUGUCGCUUGUUAAAUCGAAAAAAUAUAAUGGAACAUAUUGUUGAGGUCGAAGAAAUUUCUAUAAAAGUUCCAUGGGGUCAUGUAGCAGCGAAAUGGUGGGGUUCACGUCAAAUUCGACCAAUCGUAAUGCUUCAUGGAUGGCAGGACAACGCUGGAACGUUUGAUCCUUUAAUUCCACAACUACCGAGACAUUUGAGUUAUCUUGCAAUUGAUUUACCUGGCCAUGGACAGUCGAGUCAUCUACCACACGGAAUGAUCUACAGUAACAUCAAUUACAUCUACGUACUACGUUUGAUAUACAAGCAAUUCAAUUGGGACAAAAUAUCGCUUGCUGGUCACUCAAUGGGGGCUAUAAUAAGUUUUCUUUAUGCCUAUUCCUUCGGCAACGAAUGUGACAUGGUUGUAGCAAUAGACGCAUUAGUGCCGAUUCCAACGAUGAAUCAUUUAGUCGUAGACGGCUACCGGAACGGACUAAACGAAAUUUUAAUUUCAGACGAGCGAAAUAUCGCCGGUACAGAACCACCCAGUUACAGAUACGAGACAACUGUAGAAAAACUAUUAGGUGGAACGUUCAGCAGCUAUACGAGAGAAUCAUUGCCAUAUCUACUGCAACGGGGAAUAAAAGCAUCAAAAUUCAAUCCUGACAAAUACUUCUACAUCCGAGACAAUCGCAUAAAAACGAGACUCAAUUUUUUCCAAAUGACUAAGGAAUCGUGGGUUGAAAUCGCUUCGAGUAUUACCGUUCCGUAUUGUUACAUAAAGGCACUGCAGUGUGGCUUCAAUACUCAAUGGGACUAUAUGGACGAAAUUUUGCAAACGAUGAAAGAUUCAAAUCCUUCAUUCGAAGUGCAUGGUGUGGAUGGAGACCAUCACGUUCAUUUAACCGAUCCGGAAAAAGUAAGUGAAAUCAUUGGCCGAUUUAUAGAGUUACAUCGACCGGUUAAUAUAUUUUCGAAAUUAUAGUUUUUUGCUCGAAAU